AUGGGACACAGGCCCGGCUUCUGCUUCCACUCAGUCCUGGUGGGCCUCUCUGAGGACCUCCCGCACUAUCCAAGACAUGGAGGGGUUGUGGUGCUGUGGAUGCGCUCGGCGGUGCGGGGGGGCUUGGAGAUGACCACCCUGCUGAGCCGUGCCUGGGCCAAGGGCCUGGUGGAUGGGAGAUUGGUCUUCCUGCCCUAUGACACGCUGCUCUUCUCCCUGUCCUACUGCAACCGCUCCUGCCUGUCUUUCGGCACUGGUGGACCCCUGCAGGAGGCCUAUGAUGCAGUGCUCACCAUCAGCCUGGAGUCUGGCCCCAUAGACAAGGCCUUUGCUGCUGCCUGGCCUGAUAGAGAGGCGGCUGCCCACCUGGAGCCAGAGCAGGUAGGACUCAAUGAACUCGGGUCUCCUGGGGAUGCCCGCUUCUUGGUGUUAAGAAGACAGCAGUGCCUGCAGGUGGUGACAGGGAUGUGGAUGCUGAUGAGCCCCAGCCAGGACUUGUCACGGCCCUGGCUGCCUCCUGAGAAGACCAUCCCUGAGUCUCAGGUGCAUCUGGAAGUGGGCAGCCUUCCAAUCCCAGCCCUCUCUGGGCUGCCUCACGAGGACUCUUGGCAACUUGGGAACGAUGCAACUGGAGACCAGCAGAUGCGUCAGGCCCAGGGGUUCCAGACCCGAGCCCGAGGCAGAGGGGCUGCGUGGAGACAGUGUUCAGGAGACUGGGUAUGGAUGAAGAAGUGUGAAGUGGUCUCAGACCCUGAGCUGCGCCCAAACUGCCUCAGCCUCCUGAGGAAGAUGCGGGAGCUGCAGUGUGAGAACGUCGCUACCUGCCUGGGCUUUUUCAUACCUCUGGGGAACCUGCUGCGGAAAGAGGUCCUGCACCUAGACUGGACCUUCAAGGCCCCCCUGCUGCUGGAUUUGAUCUGCGACAUGAGGUAUCUGCACCGCCACCAUUUCCCUCCUGGCUGCCUCAAGUUCCAAAUGGUGGACAGACGCUUUGUGCUCAAGGUCACUGACCAUGGUUAUGCAGAGCCCCUGGACACUUAGCAGGCUCCCCAACCCUGGCCAGCCAUGGAAGAGCUGCUGCCGAGGCCUGGGUGCCCUGGGCGGGGCACCCUCACAGGUGACAUCUUCAGCACCGGCAUCAUCCUGCAGGAGGUGCUGACUCGGGGCCCACCCUACUGCUCCUCGGGACUCUCAGCCUGCCCCAUGGUGUUUGUUGCCGAAAUCAUCAGGAGGGUGGCAUCUCCCCCUCCUCUGUGCCGGCCGCUGGUGACCCCUGAUCAAGGGCCACCUGAGUGUGGGCUGAUGAAGCAGUGCUGGGACGAGGCUCCAGAGUACAGACCUAGCAUGGACCAGAUCUACAGCCAAUUCAAAAGCAUCAACCAAGGCAAGAAGACCAGUGUUGCUGACUCCAUGCUGUGGUUGCUGGAGAAAUAUUCCCAGAACCUGGAGGACCUGAUUCAGGAGCAGACUGAGGAACUGGAGCUGAAGAGAGAGAAGAAAGAAAGGCUGCUCUGUCAGAUGAUUCCCCCAUCUGUGGCUGAAGCUCUGGAAAUGGGGGCAACUGUGGAACCAGAGUAUUUUGACCAGGUUACCAUAUACUUCAGUGACAUUGUGGGUUUCACAAUCAUCUCAGCCCUGAGUGAACCCAUUGAGGUGGUAGGCUUGCUCAACGAUCUCUACAUACUGUUUGAUGCUGUUCUGGGCAGCCAUGACCUGUAUAAGGUGGAGACCACUGGGGACGCCUACAUGGUGGUGUCGGGGCUGUCUCAGUGCAAUGGGAGUCAGCAUGCGGCUGAGAUCAAUAACAUGGCCCUGGAUAUCCUGGGCUCUGUGGGUGACAUCCGGAUGAGGCAUGCACCCAACGUGCCCGUUUGCAUCAGGGCUGGCCUGCAUUCAGGGCCCUGUGCGGCAGGGGUCGUGGGUCUCACGAUGCCUUGGUAUUGCCUCUUUGGGGACGCUGUCAACACGGCUUCCCGGAUGGAGUCCACAGGGCUGCCAUACAGAAUUCAUGUCAGCCGAAGCACUGUCCAGAUACUGCUCAGCCUUGAUGAAAGCUACCAAAUUGAUAUCAGAGGUCAGACUGAGCUGAAGGGGAAGGGCAUCGAAGAGACCUACUGGCGGGGGCAGGGGGAAGGCAGGCUUCCCAGGCCCCUCCCCGCACCUGUGGACAUCAAAUCUGGAGACCCUUGGUAAGACUUCAUAAACCAAGAAAUCAGGGCAGCCUUUGCCAAAGCCCGUCAGGACACGGCAGGGACCCAGAGCUCCGGGAAGACCUCGGCCAGGCCCUGAGGAGAACAGUGUGGGGCAGGUGCCUGCACCAGCGAGGAGCCUCCUGUGGAUACGCCCUUCCCCCUCCCUGCUCCACUUCCUUCAAAGACUUCCUUUCUGAGCUCCCUGGUGGCCAACCGGGUGAUCGUUACUAAGU